GUUGACGACAUACGCACUCAACGGCGUUUCUAAUUUUAUUAUAAAUUUGAGAUACGCUAUACCAAUUAUUUUAAAUUUAUUCGUCUUUAUUGGCGUUCUCUCCAUCUAUUCCUCUACAACUCCAUCACAAACACCAAAGAACUAUAGAAGAGUCUGGUUAUUUAUUAUAUGCCAAUCAGUUUUACUCACGUAUUUCAUUGAUGUAGCUGUUUCAUUCCUACACUUCUUCCUUUACAAGUCUAUAUACAAAGAUCCUAUUAUUUAUGAACAUUGGUUGGGAUUACUAAUACACUGUAUUGGGACAUCAGCUGCUUAUGCUUUUGGAACGUUAGCUAUCGCUUUAGGUAUACAAAAGAACAAGAAUAUUGUUCAGUUCGUAAAAGUGUUCUACGCGCUAUCACUUGCCCUCGAAUUAAGCUUACUUAUUGCCUGGCUAUAUUACAUUAAGGUUUACACGCACAAUUCCUUACCGAAAAUAGCAAUCACUCAUAUCGCCUUACAAUCCCUACGCGUUCUCUUCCUUGUGAUUGCUACCACCCUUCUCAAUUUACCGGUAACAAUCAAACAAACCAGUGUGCACGAUGAGUCCAUCAUUGAUGAGAACUCUUCCCUGCGUGCUAACAAACAACCUCAUUAUGGUACCACCAGUGGAACAGCUACCCCAGUAACCACACGAACCAACGACUCAAACGUACCAGCCGUAAAGGGCCAACCUCCUUCUGCUGGUAUGGGUACCUUCUUCAAGCGUAUGUACGACCUAGGUGAUAUUCUCUGGCCUCGCAAUUCUGUAUACUUACAAUCUGUCGCUUUCUUCUGCUUGGGUUUGUUAGUUGCUGGUAGAUAUAUCAAUCUGGUGGUACCAAUACAAUUAGGUAAAGUUAUUCAAGAUCUCACAGCGUUUUCAUCUCCUUGGAAACAUCUGGCUUUAUAUUUGGUAUUAAGAUUCUUUCAAGGAUCUGGUGGUUUAUUACAAGUUAUUCAAAGUGUUGCCUGGAUUCCAAUUACACAGUGGACCGAUCAGAAGAUGUCUACCCAUUGUUUUACACACCUUUUGAACCUUAGUCUUGCAUUCCACACACACAGAAAGACUGGUGAAAUUUUAAGAAUAUUAGAUAAAGGUGCAGCUUUGAAUGGCUUCUUCCAGAUCCUCCUAUUCAACAUUUUCCCAACUAUUGCUGAUAUUUUGGUCGCACUUGGUUACUUCUUCUUCAAAUUCGGACCGCUCUUGUCGAUAAUUAUAGCCACAGUUAUGUUCCUUUACGGAUUUAUCUCAAUCGUAAUUACACGCUGGCGUACAGAACAACGCAGGGAUUAUGUAGCAAAAGACAAUGCUACAAAGGCCAUUUACACAGAUGCAUUGUUGAAUUACGAUACUAUAAAGUACUUCACAGCUGAGGACAAUGAAAUUAACAGAUACACUCGUGCUUUCAAAGACUUCCAAGCUGUUGAAAAGAAAGUCAUUGCUUCACUUUAUUUACUCAACAUGGCCCAAAAUAUCAUUAUUGUUUCUGGUAUUGCUACAGGUACAGCUGUCGUUUGUGCAGGUAUAAUAAAAAACAAAGCAGAAGCAGCCGAAUUGGUAGUCUUCUUGACAUUUUUACAACAGCUUUACGUACCAUUGAACAACUUGGGUUCAAUUUAUAGAGCCAUCAAUACUAGCCUUGUUGAUAGUGAAAGAUUAAUGCAAUUACUCGCAGAACCUACAGAUAUAAAUGAUAAACCAAACGCUAUCACCCUUGAAACCCGUCAACCUGUCAUUAAAUUUGAAAACGUUGGAUUCAGUUACGAUACUACGAAUGAUGCACUCAGUGGUUUGUCAUUUGAUGUCCCAACUGGUAAAACUGUAGCAUUAGUUGGUGAAUCAGGUAGCGGAAAGAGCACUAUUUUGAGAUUAUUAUACAGAUUUUAUGAUAUAAAAGAAGGUUCAAUAAACAUUGAUGGUAUUGAUAUUAGAGAUAUGAAGCAACAAUCAUUAAGGAAACAUAUCGCUAUUAUACCACAGGAUUGUGCAUUAUUUAAUGAGACAAUUGCUUUCAAUUUGAAAUACGGUAAAGAAAAUGCCUCCGAAGAGGAAAUCAUGAACGCUGCAAGAGCUGCUCAAAUGCAUGAAAGAGUCUUGUCAUUCAGUAAUGGUUAUGACACCAGAGUUGGUGAAAGAGGUGUAAGACUUAGUGGUGGUGAAAAACAACGAAUUGCAAUUGCAAGAGCACUAUUAAAAGAUGCACCAAUUUUGUGUCUCGAUGAAGCGACGUCUGCAUUAGAUACAAACACGGAGAGAGAAAUUCAAUCAGCCUUUAACGAAUUGAGUCAAGGAAGGACCACAAUUAUAAUUGCUCAUAGACUCUCAACGAUCGCGAAAGCUGAUAAGAUUUUAUUUAUACAAAAUGGCCGAGUGACGGAAAGUGGAACACAUUCAGAAUUACUCAGUCAAAAUGGAGAAUUUGCAAGGAUGUGGGCAAAGCAAGUAGAAGGUGAAGUUGACGAACUAAACGAGCUAUCAAAACAGGAUGUUGAGACAAAUGGAGGUGAAUCUUCUAGUAUAGUAAAAACAACAUCCAAUGAAUCAAAUACUUCAAAUCAAUCAUACACAAAAAAUGCGCAGAAUAAGAAAAAUAAGCAAAAGAAUAAACGUAGGAACAAAGGAAAAGUUUGGUAA